CAGAAAAAAACAAAAACAAAAAAGCAAUACAAACAGAAAAAAGAAAACCAUCGUCGGAAGCUCCGCUCUCUCUGCGGCGGCAGGGGCCGUGCACGGCGGUGGUUCACUUUCUCCCCUCUCCUCACCUUGAAAAUCUCCAGGGUAUGUGAAACUUGUCAAGAAGCAGUAUGAGCAACGAAAUAUUUGAUGGACCGACAUUAGCAGAGAAAUUGUUGAAACUCAACAAUUCACAACAAAGCAUUGAAUCACUGUCCCGUUGGUGUAUUUCUCACCGGAAGAGAGCAAAAGAAAUAGUUGAAACAUGGGAUAAAUUAUUCAAUGCUUCCCAGAAAGAACAGCGUGUCUCUUUCCUGUACUUGGCUAAUGACAUCUUGCAAAAUAGUAGGCGAAAGGGUAGUGAAUUUGUUAAUGAAUUCUGGAAAGUUCUUCCAGCAGCUCUCAGACUUGUUUAUGAAAGUGGUGACGAACUGGGAAGGAAAGUAGUGACCAGACUUGUUGACAUAUGGGAGGAGAGGAAGGUUUUUGGUUCACGAGGUCAGGGUCUUAAGGAUGAAAUAAUGGGUAACAUUCCCCUUCCAUCCUCUGCAAGCAAUGGAAAGAGUUCAAAUUCUAUCAAGAUAGUAAAGAGGGAUGCACACUCAGUGAGAAUAAAACUGGUCGCUGGGUGUUUGCCAGAAAAAAUACUAACAGCAUUUCAGUCUGUUCUCGAUGAUCAUCUUAAUGAGGAAGCUGCCUUAAACAAGUGUAAUGCUGCGGUGCGUGAUGUGGGUAAACUUGUGGAAGCUGUUGAAAUUACAUUGGCUCAAGGAAAUCAGCCAGGAUCCACUUUGGUGAAUGACUUGCAAGAGCAGGAAAAGGAGCUUAAGCAAUAUAUGGAGCCACUUGAAAAGGCUGAGGCUGCAAGGGUUUCUUUGCUUUCUCAGCUUAAAGAUGCACUGCAGGAACAAGAAUCAAGGCAACAACUUGUUCACACCCAGUUGCUAGUUGCACGAGGCCAGAUUGAGAAAGCAGCUGCUUUCAGGAAGCCGCUUAACCAAACAGCAAAAGCCACACUUCCAUCAGUUCAACUAAACAGCACCACUUCUCAGCCUACUUUUACCCCACCUUUUAUAUCAUUUGCUCCUUUUCAAACUACUGAAGACGAUAACAAGAAGGCAGUAGCUGCUGCUGUUGCUGCUAAGCUUGCUGCCUCUACAUCCUCUGCUCAAAUGCUUACAUCUGUUCUUUCUUCUCUUGUAGCUGAGGAAGCUGCCUCCAUGAAUGGUUCCUUAAAUUCUACGGGAUUUGCAACGGAAUCACCUAUUUUUAACCCAGAGAAAAGGCCCAAACUUGAAAAACCAACGCCUGUUUCUGAUGUUAAUAGUUCUGAUAUGGCGAGCUCUUCCUUUUAUGCCUCUUUACAACAGCCAUCAUUGGCAAAUGUGCCACUUGCACCAUCAGCCAGCUUGCUAACCAUGUCUCAAGCCAAUCAAUUACAAGCUGCAUUUGCUUCACCACCCCUACCUCCGCCUCAUUCUUCAGCAAAUCAACCAUCAAACCAAUAUGUCCAAUCAACUGGUUUGAUGAUUGGGGGAAGUCCUUAUGGAUACGGAUCAAAUAACUUACCACCUCCACCUCCUUUGCCUCCACAUGUGGCAAUAGGAUUAUCAAUGCCCACCUCUCAAUCAGCACAGCAGCAACAGCAGUCAUCACCAGGAGGAUUUUACAGGCCACCUGGCAUAGGGUUUUAUGGGCAAAGCCACCCAUCAACACCACCACCAUUACCUAGGCAGCGAGCAUUAUUUGAAGACCAUCAGCCAUAGUUGCUCCAAAACCUUUGUAACAAGUUCCUCUGGGAAAUUGCUGUAGGCUGUGUAAUAGUGUAAAAUAUCAGAAAAUUAGAUGUGGCCAGAAUUCAUCUGUAAGUCUUGUAUACCCCUGCCUUUUUUUCGUUUGCCUACUGCUUUAAUUUUGAGUGGUAGGCUUUGACAAAAUACAUACCCCUUUUUCUUUAUUUUUCUCCAUAACAAGGCAUAUAUAUAAGUUAUGUUCGACAUUCGCUUAUGUAUAACAUUACUUAUGUAUUAUGCCUUAUUAUGAAAAAAAUGAAGACGGUGCCAGAAACAAUGAGGUAUGCUUUUAGAGAUACUUGAGAUCUACUUCACCAGUGUCAACUAUUGUUAAGAAGAAAGAACCUUUUGGGACCUUUACAAAUUGUUGUGAAACAUCACAAUGCCCUUGUUAUGGUGUAUGUGGACCUCUUUUGUUUGCAUGAAGCUGCCUAUGAGGAUAAACAUUAUCAGCUGAUAUCAUUCACAUCUAGAUGACUUUUCUGAGCUUCACCAUGCUCAUAGUAUGCUGUCCUAGGAGGUUGCAACUUGAUGUAGAUUAAUAUCAAUGUACAGGGUGUUGAUACUUUUUGUUGCCUACUAGUUUCCGGAUGGUGCAUGUUAGGGUCUUUUAUUAUUAUUAUAUUAUUAUUUUUAGAAACAAUUAGGGUCUUUAUUUAUGUAUGCAAAAGCGUU